AAGUCGAACGCACCAGUUCGUCAGUGCUUCAAUAACGUAACCAUGGCUACGACUAUCGCUCGCAUUGGAUCGGCCAACUGGGCCAAAGUGUUGGUGCUGCUGUGGCUGGUACAGUUGGCCACCGCCGGUGAACCGAACCCGGUCUGCAAAACGAUGCCCACGGUGGACAAGGACAACGAGGACAAGUGCUGCGAUGUGCCGGAAAUGUUUCCGAACGAAACGCUGAACGCUUGUAUGGAAGAGCAUCAGAAAUCUAGCAAGCCGCCAUUGCAGAAGAGUUGUGAAAUAACGACCUGUGUGCUGAAGAAGCAGAGCCUCAUCAAAUCGGACAAUACGGUGGACAAGGACAAGAUUAAGUCGUACAUCAAGGAGAUGGUGAAGGGAUCGGACGAAUGGAAGACACUGGUGGAGAAGGCGGUGCUGGAAGAGUGUUUGCCACUGAUGGACAAAGAUCCAUCCAACGUGCUUAGUAAGCUGAAGUCUUCCUUGGGAGAUUGUGACCCAGCUCCGGCACUGACCAUUGCCUGUGCCGCUGCCAAGUUCUACGUGAACUGCCCCGCUAAGGACAGAACCACAAGUCCGAUGUGUGAUGAAUGGAGAACGUUCUUGUCAAAGUGCUCCAACUCGCUGGAAGAUUUGAACGCCAUCUUCAUGGUUCUGGAAAACCAGAAGACGAGAUAAGUGGCGUGAUCGGUCCGAGGAUCGUGUUGGAACAAUUGGAAUACAAAUAAAAUGGCUCUCUGUCGCAUCGUUUUCCGCAUUGCAAA